CCAGACUUUGACCUUCUUCCUCUUACUACCAAAUCACCCCCUUCCACCUUUUCCCACUCAUUCAUUGUAUUUUACUAAUCAGAACGGUGCUUUUAAAUUCGGCGCAACCUGAAGCUGUCAGAAUUCCUUUGCACAUCGAUAACCAAUUGCGCAAACAAACGCCCAGUCACGAAUUCCAUAACCUGUCUCCUGCAGGAGCCUGAAGCUACCCCCCUUAUACGACUGUCUACCCAGCCUUCCACACCUCAUCAUGGCCGACAUAGACGACGAGCUUCUGGCUCUUGCGGGUGGUGGGGAGUCCUCUGAUGAGGAGGAGUUGAUGUCAGAGGCCGAGAGCAGGGCGCCAUCUGCAUCACCACCCCCCAAGGCAGCCGCGAAAAAGUCUGAGGCAAAGAAGGCAAAAUCGCGCGUGGGUGGGAACGAUUCAGAAGAGGAAGGAGAGGCCACUUCACCACCCGGUAGUCCCAACUCGAUCGGAUCCGCCGCCAUGGACGAGUCCGACUCCGAAGCCGAGCCGCACAGGCCUGGCCACGACGAUGACGAGGAAGACAAAUACCCGGUUGAUGGCAUGUUCAGGAGUCGUGCCGAGAAGGAACAGGUGAUGGCCAUGCGCGAGGUGGAGAGAGAAUCACUGCUGGCGGAGCGUCAAGCCGAGAUCGAGCGCCACCGACAGAAUCGCAUGCUUCGCCAGCUGGUCAGCAAGCAGGAGAACGAGGAGAAAAAGCAAAAAUUGAAGAAACGUAGCGCCGAUGCCGCCGAUCUUGAAGAGGCCUCGCGUAAGAACUCGCGGCCGCGCACCGAAGGCAAGACGUCUGCGAUAGAUACGCUGCGUCGCGCGCGUGCGGAGAAGAGCGAUCGCGCCCGUCGUCGCGAGGAGGACCGCCAGAAGGGAAACCGGUCGCCGCACGGCGAUUACCGAGACCAGGAUAGCGAUGAAGGAGGUGACUGGGAGGAACGCGAUCGCCGUCGUCAUCACAAGUCGCGAUCGCCCGACGAAGAGAUCGUCGCGCGCGCGCUGCCACCUCCUGACAUCCGCGAUUUCGAGCGUGUCCGCGUCGGAAAGAGUCGUUUCGCCGAGUACUGCUUCAAUCCUGGUUUCGAGACAGCCAUGAUUGGAUGCUAUGUCCGCAUCAGCAUCGGCCCCGACCCUAAGACAGGCCAAGACGAGUAUCGCAUGGCGCGUAUUCAAUCCAUCACCGUCGGCAAACCAUAUGCCAUGACUGGCCCGGGUGGCUCUUUCGUUACUGACCAGUAUGUUCUGGCCGCUCAUGGCAAGGCAGAGAGGCCGUUCCCUUUCAUCUUUCUGUCGGAUCGGCCAUUCAGUGAACGCGAGUACAACCGAUACGAAAAGGUCAUCCAGUCUGAAGGACUUAGUCUCCCCAAGAAACAGGUUCUUCUCGACAAGAUUGAAGAUAUCAACGCGCUCAUCGCCCACCACCUCACGACGACGGAGAUUGACGAGCGCAUCCAGCGCAAGAACGCCCUGCGCAAGAAGUUCGAUCCCAAGCUCCGUGAGCGUCUCGCCCAGGAGAUCGAGGUUGCGCGACUCAGGGGCAACACAGCCAAGGCAGAGGAAUUACAGGAACAACUCGACGACCUCAAGACGAAUGUUCUCGCAUUUAAGACGAGCCUCAGCGACUCGUCGUCAAAACCGAGUACGACGUCGCAGCAGGACCGCCUGGCCAACAUCAACCGCCAGCGCCGACUCGAGAACGCCGAGAACGUCCGUAGGGCGCAGCUCAAGGAAAAGGCCGAGGCGCGCAAGCUAGAUGCGGCCCUGGAGAGGGGCGAGGACAUCAAGAACGAUCUUUCGCGGCGGCUGCGGACGAGAGCGAAGUUCAUCCACGAUGCCAACGACUCUGGCAAGAAGCCCGCGGGCAAGGAUAGCAACGCGAGCACGCCUGCGAAUGGGACGCCGAAAUCCGGGGUUCAGGAGAAGAAUCUGCUACCCAACUUGGCCAAGCUCCAGGCCGCAAAUCAGGAGAAGAAGGGCAUCCCGACUAUUCAUAAGCCGCUCAUGGACGACGACAUUAUCGGAGCUUUGGAUCUCGACAUUGACAUCGAGAUUGAUUAGGGGUUCGCUAUGAGACCAACACUGUCAACUUGCGCAGGGUAUAGGUUGUUUGCCGCAUUGCUAUUAAAGGGAUAGAGGAGGACGGAUGGUCUGCACAGGCACCAAUCGGCGAUUGCCAGGCAUGAUUUUUGCACCCUCCGAAGCGCAAUGGACUGUAGAUUAGAGAGCAGAGCCUUCCACGGUACAAGCGAAGCAAUUCAUACAAGAGAAACGGACAAGAAUCAAC